CUAAAGGAAAGCAUGUUUGUCUUCACCUGUUGUGUUCACACACAAUAUUAUCUGUGUAUUGAAGUGUUUAGAUGACUUUAACAGUGCACUAGAUCUAUGAAGGCGUUCCGAUCCUGUCUGCAUGGGAAGCUCUGCCGAUGGGAGGAAAAGCCAUUCAUAGGGAGCUGCACAGUCUGCUGAGUGAGCAAUGCACGCUAGACACCGACUCUGGCACCGGCCUCAGUCUGCCCACCGUCAUCAGUUCUGUUCCAGAGGAUGUCGUGGAGGAUAUCAAAGUGCGAGUGUGUUUCGUUAGUGACCUGCAGAGGGGCAUGAAGAUCCAGGAGGCCAAAUUUAACAUGGACGGAUCUGCUGAGGUCAGAGAACACGCGACUGUUAGAGCCAUCAGUCGAUUCAGAUGAUCAGUUGCUAGAAAU